UUUACUACAGUUUUUUCAAAUUUUUCUUUUUUUUUCUUUUUUCUUUUUUUUCUUUUUCUUUUUUUUUUUUUUUAACCCUCCUGGUGGAAAAGCGCACUUGCCAAUUUGCCAAGCACUCUGGAAAGAGGGAAAGAGAAAAGUGUCACUGGCGGUGCAUAUCCUCCUAAGUUCAAGAAGAGAUCUGGAAGUCCAAGCAGUGGAGAAAAGACAGUGUGUGAAAGAGAAAGAGAAAAAGAGCGAGAAAGAGCUUUUCCUGAUGAUGAUGAUGAUGAUGAUGAUUUUUAAUUGAGAGGGAAUCCCAUCCAGUGCAACACAGCAGCAACAAAAAGGAGGCUUUUUUUUCGUUUUUGAUUUUUUUUUUGAAAGAAGAACUCGAUAAAGAAGAAGAAGAAUAAAGAGGAAAAAAAAAAAAAGAGGAGGAGGAUCGGCCCCCCAACACAUCCCCCCAAACCAGUGCAGCUCUCCAGGCGAUGCCAGUGUAAAUGCCAGGGCAAUGUCCCGUCGCAAGCAGGGAAACCCGCAGCACUUGUCACAAAGAGAGAUUAUCACACCAGAGGCUGACCAUGUGGAACCGGCACUGGCCGACGAGGACGAGAGCCUGGCAAUAGCAGACCCAGGCGGCAUCAGCAUCGCCGCAGGCGGGACAGACCCCGACUUGUUAACCUGUGGACAGUGUCAGAUGAACUUCCCGCUGGGAGACAUCUUGGUUUUUAUAGAGCACAAGAGAAAACAGUGCAAUGGCACUGGUGGUGUCUGCUAUGAAAAGAGCAUGGAUAAGAGCAGCCCUCCCCCCUCCUCACGCGCCGAGCUCAGGAAAGUGUCAGAGCCAGUGGAAAUCGGGAUCCAAGUCACACCCGAUGAAGAAGACCGUCUUCUCACGCCUACAAAAGGAAUUUGCCCCAAGCAGGAGAACAUUGCAGGGCCGUCCAGGCCUGCAAACCUGCCGGGGGCUCCCAUAGCUGCCUCCUCCCACCCUCACACAUCCGUGAUCACGUCACCUCUCCGCGCACUGGCCUCCCUCCCGCCCUGCCUUAGCCUGCCCUGCUGUGGUGCACGUGCAGUCUCAGUUGGCGGGACUCAGACUGAGAUUCAGACUGAGACGUCAGGCACAUUUGGAUGUCAUUGUCAGUUGUCAGGUAAAGAUGAGCCUUCAAGCUAUAUUUGCACAACAUGCAAGCAGCCUUUUAAUAGCGCUUGGUUCUUGCUUCAGCAUGCCCAGAACACACAUGGAUUCCGCAUCUACCUGGAAACAAGCCCUUCAAACAGUUCCCUUACUCCACGCAUCACCAUCCCUCCUCCUCUGGGACCGGAGACUGUUGCACAGUCCCCGCUGAUGAAUUUUCUUGGAGACAACAACCCUUUCAACCUUUUGCGCAUGACAGGACCCAUCUUGCGUGAACACCCUGGCUUUGGUGAGGGUCGGCUCCCAAACACGCCUCCGCUGUUCAGCCCACCGCCUCGUCAUCAUCUGGAUCCACAUCGCCUUAGUGCCGAAGAAAUGGGGUUAGUUGCCCAGCAUCCCAGUGCCUUUGACAGAGUUAUGCGUUUAAACCCCAUGGCAAUUGAGUCCCCAGCGAUGGAUUUCUCCAGAAGGCUUCGAGAGCUGGCAGGAAAUAGUUCCACCCCUCCGCCAGUCUCACCCAGUCGCACCAACCCUAUGCAUCGUCUGUUGAAUCCUUUCCAGCCGAGUCCUAAAUCACCUUUUUUGAGCACCCCACCACUGCCCCCCAUGCCCCCCAGCAGCACUACGCCUCCCCAGCCUCAGGCCAAGAGCAAGUCCUGUGAAUUCUGUGGGAAAACAUUCAAGUUCCAGAGUAACCUUAUCGUGCACCGGCGCAGUCACACAGGAGAAAAGCCCUACAAGUGUCAGCUCUGUGACCAUGCUUGCUCCCAGGCCAGCAAGCUAAAACGCCACAUGAAAACGCAUAUGCAUAAAGCUGGCUCCAUGACGGGCAGGUCAGAUGAUGGACUGUCCACCACUAGUUCCCCUGAGCCAGGCACAAGUGAGCUCACUGGAGAGGGACUGAAAUCCAGUGAGGCAGAUUUCAGGAACGAGAGCGAUCCUUCCCUGGGCCAUGACAAUGAAGAAGAGGAAGAGGAGGAGGAGGAGGAAGAGGAGCUUGAAAAUGAGAGCCGGCCAGAGUCGAGCUUUAGUAUGGACUCAGAGCUGAGUCGUAACCGAGAAAACGGCUCCAAGUCGCUGCCAGAUGAGAAAUCCCUCGUUCUGGGAAAAGUCAUCGAGAAUGUAAGUCUAGGUGCCAUUCAGCAAUAUAACGACAUGUUAGCUGAGAAACAGAAGAGGAGUAGCUUCAUGAAAAGGUCCUCUGACCAGCGAGACUUGUGUCCUCGAGACCUCUGUCAGAGAGAUCCGGGCGACGAAGACUCAGUGGUAGGAGAGCUGGACCGCACUGAGGAAGGUACGGUCAAUGGAAGAAACUUUGGCCCGGGUGAACCCUUCCCAAACUUGUUCCCCCGCAAGCCAACACCUAUCACGAGCCCCAGUUUAAACAAUUCCUCUAAAAGAAUAAAGGUAGAGAAAGAUUUGGACUUGCCACCAGCAACGAUAAUACCUUCCGAAAACGUUUACUCCCAGUGGCUGGUAGGGUAUGCAGCAUCGCGGCACUUCAUGAAGGAUCCGUUCCUCGGAUUCACAGACUCCCGACAAUCCCCCUUCGCGACCUCUUCCGAGCACUCAUCGGAGAACGGGAGCCUGCGUUUCUCCACUCCGCCGGGGGACAUGCUGGACGGGGGGCUCUCAGGGCGCAGCGGCACGGCGAGCGGAGGCAGCACCCCCCACAUCAGUGGACCCGGCCCCGGGCGACCCAGUUCGAAGGAAGGACGCAGGAGCGAUACAUGUGAGUACUGUGGCAAGGUCUUUAAGAACUGCAGCAAUUUGACGGUACACCGUCGGAGCCACACUGGAGAGCGGCCUUACAAAUGCGAGCUCUGCAACUAUGCAUGUGCCCAGAGCAGUAAGCUGACGCGCCAUAUGAAAACGCAUGGCCAGAUAGGGAAGGAGGUCUACCGCUGCGACAUUUGCCAGAUGCCCUUCAGUGUUUACAGCACCCUGGAGAAACACAUGAAAAAGUGGCAUGGAGAACAUUUGCUGACAAAUGACGUCAAAAUUGAGCAGGACAACGCUGCUUAG